AUGGGUAAGGCUGUACCAUCUCCGAUUUUACAGUCUAACUAUACCAAUGUCACUACCAGUGGAGGCAAAGAGAAGCAUAUUACAGGGGAAGGUGUUAUCGAUCAGAAGAGGACCUCUGGAGUCAAAAUUGAUGUCGAGGAUAUUGCUGAGGAGGUGAAUUUUUGGCAAUCCUCUUUAGUCUGCUAUGUGCUUGGUGCAAAUCCACCAAUCCGAAUCCUGGAGGGCUUUGUGAGGAGAUUAUGGAAGGAUCAAGUUGAUAAGGUAGGCAUUCUCUCAUCUGGUAUUUUCAUCAUUCGCUUUUUAACUAUGGAAGUAAGAGAUGGAAUUUUGGAUGGAGGAUAUCUGUUCUUUGGGAAUAAACCUCUCAUAAUGAAGGCCUGGAAUCCGGUUGAUGAUUUUACUAAGGAAGACAUUGAUUCAGUUCCAACUUGGGUUCAUUUGGGAGGUUUGGAUAUUAAAUACUGGGGAGAUAGGUCUCUGUUCAAGAUAGUGGGACAGAUUGGGAAGCCAAUUCAAGUGGAUUCCAUUACUAAAAACAGAGAUCGCUUAGCUUAUCCCAGAAUUCUCAUUGAAGUGACCAUGACACGGGAAUUUCCAUCUCGAAUCAGCUUCCUGAAUGAAUUUGAUCAAGAAGUAGACAUCUUCGUGGAAUAUGAAUGGAAGCCCACUGUAUGUAUGAAUUGCUCUGGACUAGGACACGAGGCUCAAGUUUGUAGGAAAAGUAAGACUGUGAAGCAAGAAUGGGUCCCUAAACAGAAGGUUUCAUCACCUGUUGUAAGCAAAGUUAAUGUAGAUGCUGAUGGUUUUCAAACAGUUACUAAGGGAAUCAAGAUACAGGAAUCUAAUGCCAACCCAACGAGGGUGAAGAACAAAUUUUGCCUGCUUGAGGGAGACCCUGAGAUGGAGCUUUUACAGAGGAGGAAUACAGUAAGAGAGGGGGGAGGACCCUCUGUUCUAGAUGGAUAG